CAAAUACCUGUUUGUUGCCUAUAUAGGUGCACUAAAUAGUGUUCAAAAUGAACGAGGAUGUAGGGCACUAUAUUUAAAAUACUGGUCUAAUUGGGAUUGAGCCCUGAGACCGGAAGUGUGGAGGAAAACUCGCUGUCACUGUGCUUCUGUACAUCACAGAGAUUGGGGAGAACCUGGGGCUCGUUUUUUUUUCUUCCAUAUUUCAUAUUGAUGGCACUCAGACGAGAGGGAUAACAAAACUUCUCAAUAUGGAAGAGGAUGGCAUGGACUACAACAUAGUUUUUCCUGAGCCCGAGGUCUCAGAGAGAUACUGGCACGGAUCAAAGCAACCAGUCGUAAUCCUUUUAGGCUGGGCUGGCUGUCGAGACAAACAUCUCUCAAAGUACAGCUCGAUUUACAACGAACAAGGAUGUGUAACAGUCCGCUAUACGGCUCCCUUGAAGACGGUUUUCAUCUCCGAAUCGUUCGGCUACAAGGAGCUCCAUAGCACAGCACACAAUCUGCUCGAGAUCCUGUACGACUACGAGGUGGAGAACAACCCAAUCUUCUUCCACGUGUUCAGCAACGGUGGCUUCAUGCUCUACCGCUACAUGGUGGAGCUCCUGCAAAGCCACAAGCAGUUCGCCUCUCUGUACGUAGUGGGAUCGGUGAUGGACAGUGCUCCAGGGAACCAGAACGUCCUCGGUGCCCUGCGAGCUCUCAAAAUUACACUGGGUACGAAAGUCAACGUCCUGCUCCGCUGUCUUCUCCUGGCUUUGUUUGCAGUGACCGUGUUCCUGCUCAGAGUCGUCUUAUAUCCUGUGACCAAACACUUCCACAAGAACCACUACGACGCCAUGAUGGAGCGUCCGGCGCCCUGGCCUCAGAUGUACCUCUACUCCAGAGCAGACCGUGUGAUCAGGUGUAGAGACGUGGAGAAGAUGGUUCAGUCGCUGCAGGAGAAGGGGGUGCGCGUCGAGAGCUUCGACUUCAUCACGCCGGCUCAUGUGAGUCUGUUCCGAGACUGUCCAGAAGAUUAUUCGAACAGAUGCCGGACUUUCCUGAAGCUCUGCAUGUCUGAUCCUGAAGGGACGUUUAUGAAGAAACACUUGUGAACACUGAUUAUGUGAUCGGGUUGGGCAAUGUGUACGAUAUACAAAAAAAAAAUACUAAGACUGAUACUUUAAGAUAUUAUGCAUAUUAUGUAUCAAAAAACUUAAACAGCAGCAAAAUAGUAAAAAAAAUAAAUGGAUUAAUGGAAAUUCUAGAAAGAAUUUUAACACAGAAUGAAAAACAAAUAAAACAUUCAUUAACAAAAUAAAUGAUCAUUUCAUUACCUACUGUUAGCUACUGAUUCCUGCUAUUAACCACUAACUAGUGGUAUAAAAAUACCAGCACAUUGUAUUUUCCACAUCAUUUUAAACAAUGAUGAUUCUGUAUCGUCAUAUUGCCUAGCCCUACACUAUAAAGACAAAAGUAUUGGGACACCCGACUUUCCCAGCCAUAUGUGGUUCUAUCCUGCACUUUGACCACAAAGUUGGACAAAGUGGAUACAGUAACAUUAAAUUUUCCCUUCAAUUGAACUAAUAGAACCAAAUCUGUUCCAGCAUGACAUUGCUCUCAUGCUUAAAGCCAGCUCCAUGAAGAUAAGAUUUACAUGGUUUGGAGAGGAAGAUCUUGAAAGGCCUCCUAUAAAGCUCUGAUCUCAACUUUACUCAACACCUUUGGGAUGAACUGGAACGCUGGCUGCACCCCAGGGCUCCUCACCUACAUCAGUACCUGUACUUGGACCUGAACACCCACAUGGCUGAAUGAUUGUGGAGAAAAAUUCUCCACAAUCACAUUCCAAAAUCUAGUGGAACAGGAAUGGAAAAUAUUUUAACAGCAAAUUGGGAAUAAAUGUAACGAAACACACGCAAAUCUUAUGUUUGGGCGUCCACAAACUUUUGUCCGUGUUGUGCGCCAUAUUGUGUUCUUAUUUAAACCUUUUUUUUUUUUUAAGUGAAACUACUGUAAAGUGUAUAACCCUCUUAGAAUGUACUGCUCGACCUUGUAUAAGUUAUAUGAGGUUUAACUAAAUGAAGUGUUGCGUACGGUAUUUGUCCGGUAAUGUGAAUAUUUUUAUUUUUAUUUUAAAGAUUAGUAGAUUUUAGUAGAUUUUAAAAACCUACUAAACAUCUUUGGUCUGUUUAUAACUUAUGUGCCUUCUGGAAAUAAAGACUCUUUGGAGUAACCAUUA